AUGCAAAUUUUAUAAAAUUGCUAUAUACUCAAAAGGUAGGAUACCUAAGAUUAAUAGUUCAAUUCACAAUUUUCUUCACCAGAAACAGAUUACAGACAAACUUAAAAAGAAAUAAUUUCUAACAAAUCAUAAGAGAUUCAAGAGAAGGAAACCUAGCAACUUUUAUAUUUUACACCAAAAAAAGGAAGAAAUUAAGAAAAUGUGAUUUAUUAUACACCAGAGAUUAAAAGAAAACCAUCUAAUUAAGUAGAUUUAGAACAUAAAAAAUUCAAAUAGAUAGGCAACAUCUUGUUUGUAAUACAAAUUAUAAUUAUAAUACUAUUGGAAUUAAUGACUUGA